AUGCGUGUAGCGCUUUCAGAACGUCCUGUUCAAGGUUAGCCUCCCCGCAGACGUCCUUUUGGGUUCGUUUGUCACGCAUUCAUUUCUCCCCCACGGACGUCUGCUAAACACAGCCGACUUUUACGUUCUGGAUUGUUUGAAUAAGCCAAUAAGCGGUUAGUUAUUGUGUCACUAUCAGCCAAUCACGCGCUGUGAUAUAAGUGAUGUCUUUGUAUUCUCAAAUGAAUUAUUUAUUUGCAACGCUACCUUCUACCUGAGACCACUCAAACGUUUUGAAAAAAUCACAGAAACUGAAUGUAAUAAAGCUGCCGUCAGCUGUACAUUUUUUUCGGAAGUUGUGACUAUAAAAUAAUCUGCUUUUCUUUGAAAGACUUCAGACAAAAAUUCCCAAACAAGCGCGGAGCGGUUUUCAGCGCGGUCGAAAACAAUAAUUACUAUUAACUCUGUAUAUAUUCGAAGUAUUAAGAAAAGAGAACUUAUAAACGUGUAUAGGGAAGAUAUUCAAAGCAUUCUUCGAAAACAAAGGCCGUUUCCUUUUUUGCGAAAUGUAAUUCCACCAAGGUCAUGGGUCGCGGACCAUGGACCAGUACGCAAAAUUUGGUUAUAUUUUUUCAAGAUUCGGUAAAACAAAAAAUUCGAAGUCUACAGUAAUGUGCUUCCAACGGCAGAAAAAGGUUUAUCUGAAAACUUGUUCUGCAAAAAGGCACGUCCUCCCGUUGCGUUUUAUUUAUUCACAAGCUAAGUAAACAUGACCACGGUGCCGCCGAAGUCCAAACUUCAAGCUAGAACGACAAAUUAACCUACCUGUCAACAAGCUUUAAUCUCGCUCCUUCAAAGAAAGAAAGAAUGCUUAUAAUCAAUAAAUCAUUGAACUUUUCAUUGUUCAUUGUAUUUUAUUUGUCGACGAAAUAUCAUGCUCGGGAAAGUCGCCGACCAAGGACCACAUACUAACUGUACAAGUCACUCGCUAACAUUUCCUCCACCGCUUCUGGGCUUUCGUAAACAACAGAGAAAGUCCCUCUCUCUACAACCCUCAUAUUCUCUUUGCUAAUAUCACUGAGCGUUACAGCAGGAAUACCAAUAUUUUCCAGCUUUGUAGAUUGAUCUUUCAAGAUUUACCAGGGGAGAAACAACAACAACAAUAAUGUCCAGUAGUUCCACGCACUGUGUCGCAAACAAGCAGCAAAGCUUGAUAGAUAAGGGAUUUGCCAAAUCCCGUCGGCAAAUUUUUGAACUCAUCCGUCUUCGCUAUAAAAUUUGCAGGAUAGCUUCUCUCUGAUACUAGUUUAACUCUGUAUUAAUUACAAAUUUCUCGCACACUCGAUCAAAAGCCUCACUGAUCGCGCGAAUCUUAAGAAGCGACUCGGGUUACGUUUUACAAAAAUCGGUAAACGGCCUGUGAUUGGUGAACGUAAAUGUCGGCUGUGUUUAGCAGACGUCCGUGGGGGAGAAAUGAAUGAGUGACAAACGAACCCCAAAGGACGUCUGCGGGGAGGCUAGUUCAAGGUACAACUGCCUCCUUGUGCGCAAUGAAUGAGACUCAAAAGACACACGGAGUACAUAAGAUAGAAGGUUUCAGCAAGUAUCACAAUUUCAAGUUUGAAGUGAAAGGAAUUAGAGCAUGGAGAGCUUAUGGUGUUGGACUUGGCAAGUUUAUUCCUUACCGAGAGGUCAUAACUGAACCUCAAGGUCCUACUGGUCUCAUUGUGCAUGAGAACUUCUUUCCUCUCAAAGAAGCUCGAGUAUAUAAGAGAGAGACAAACAGUGAAAAUGAACAAUGCAACGGUCUUUUCUCUUGUUCUGAGCCCGGGUGCAACAUGGUUUUCAAGAAAUUCAGUGAACUCGAAAAUCACCUUGAUGUUGGUGAGCACAGCCAAGUUCGCGGAAACUCUGAUACGGUGUAUGACAAGCUCAGAAGAGACUGGGCGGAGAAAUUUCGUACUGUUGAUAAGGACGAAGAAAUCAGAAGCGUGCCUGAAGCAGUUGUAGAGGAGCAUCACGAAAAGAAUAAAACUGGUCGCUCUCCCGAGUGCAGUGACUUGCAGACUGGAUGGGCUCUACACAAGCCCCGAAACGAAGCUGUGCGUUUUCCUACCGAGGUUAAACAGUACCUAACAACGAAAUUUGAUCUUGGAGAAAGAACUGGCAUCAAGUCAGAUCCCGCAAAAGUGGCAGCAGAUAUGCGAACUGCAAGAAACCCAGACAGUUCUCGGAUGUUUGAGAGGAAACAUUGGCUCACAAAGGGUCAAGUACAGAAAUUUUUUUCGAGGCUAGCGGCCUCGCGAAGAAGCAAAGCACAUCGGGAAGCUCUCAAUGAAGACGUAGAGGCGGAACAGGAAGAGAAGGAAAGACGAGCCGUCCUGGAAGAGGUGGCCACCCACCUAUCUGCUAUGAUUCAUACUGUUUAUGUGACCUUUCACACGAGAAGAAACUUGAAACAUUUAGCGUUGCUAUGCUCAAGGACAUGUUGA